UCGCCAAGUUGGCAACACCUGCUCGUCGUCUGCUAGAGCUUGCGAGACCAGACAACAUGACGACUAGGUUAGGAGUUAAAACAAUUUUAACUUUUGGGGCGGGAUGGAUUGCCAACUCAGCCUAUCAGGUGAUACAUAGUAAGCAAUCUCAAACGAGUGGUUCCAUUGUGAUAGAUGGACGCAUUGUUAAAAACCGUCCAGCUCUCCCCAUCUUUGGAGUCGUGUCGGCUGCUACGCCGUACGACACAAACACAGGGAGCGACGUCGCUACUAGAGUUUCUCAAAUUAUGCAGCAUGGCUUCCCCAGCUUAGACAAUAUCCGUUCCUUUGAUGACUAUGUCUUGUCAUACGAUAGACGAAACAAAGUUGCAAACUGGGUAUUUGAACAUCUAACACCAGAUGGAGUUAAACACAAUGAGGCAGUAGACCGUAGCAAGUGUGAUUUUAAGGAAGACCUUUCCAUCCAUCCAUAUUUCAGGUCAACCAAUGAAGAUUACAAAUAUAGUGGAUAUGAUAGGGGACAUCUUGCUGCUGCAGGAAAUCACAAAGCUCACCAGAAACAUUGCGAACAAACCUUCCUCUUAUCCAACAUGGCUCCACAGGUGGGAAGAGGUUUUAAUAGAGACUCGUGGAAUCGACUGGAGAGACAUGUACGAAAACUGACUAAAACUUAUCAAAACGUCUAUGUUUGCACUGGCCCCAUGUACCUUGCUCAGAAAGAAUCUGAUGGAAAAUCUUAUGUCAAGUAUGAAGUGAUUGGAAAAAACAUGGUAUCAGUCCCAACCCAUUUCUUUAAAGUGGUUGUUGCUGAGGAUUCGAAUAGAAAUUUUAUCAUGGAAUCGUAUGUUAUGCCUAACGCUGUUAUUAGCGAUGAUACCCCACUCACUAAUUUUAUGGUGAAACCUGAGACCAUAGAAAAACUUUCAGGGUUGCUCUUCUUUGAUCGAGUUGCUCGUGAUAAGCUGAAGUCAAUCAAUGGAAAGAAGGCGUAACAUAUCCAUUAGAAAUGUUGUGAUUUGUAGGAGAGGGAAGUGGACGAAGCCUUCGAGAAUUUUAUCCCUCGGCUACCUUUUUAAAUAAAAAUUUCCUACUACAUUUGUGAAAAGUGUGAUAAUGAUGUAGAUGCUUGUCACAAAGAUUGUUGUGAAUAAAAACGUAGCAAUUUCAUUGUAA